UUCUUAAGACAAACACUUGUUAAUUAAUUGAUUUUUCACCAGCAACUUAAAAAAUUAUAACUACAGUGCUACUUACAUGUGUUUAUCUUACUUUUAUUUAUAUUUUAUCUUUUCAUUAUAGAAAAAAAAACUUGUGAAAAUUGUGAAAAAUUUUUAAAGAAAAAGAACGAAACGACGACGAUAUUAAAACAGGGAAAGCAAAUAUAAAAAAUAUUAGAUACAAACAAAAUCUUUGAACAAUUUUUUUUACAACAUUUAUAAAAAAAUUGAUUUAAAAGACUUUCCCCCCGAAUAAAACCUAAAACCAGGAAGGAUUUAUAUUCGAUUUUCCCUGGAUUUUAAACGAAACGAAACUUUUGCUCACUGAACUCUUUGAUAGAGUCUAUUAACACAAUCCUCCCAACCCAACAAAAAAUACACACACAUAAAACGACCACAUACAAACAACAAAUAAAAAAUUAUGAUGGAAUCACCUCCACUGUUUAAUAGUGUUGAAGACGAAUGUCGUUAUUGGAAGGAAAGGGCUAAACUCUAUCACAAAGAGUGGACAGAUGUUAAGCAGGAGUAUGACGAAUACGUUGAGCAAUCACGUGAAAUGGAAGCCGAAAUGGAUGCUACUAUUGAUCAAAAACAGGCAACAAUUAAAGAUCUCAGAUUUAAAUUAUCAUCAGUGGAAAAAGAAAAUGAAUCACUUAAGAUCAAACUCGAAUCACAUAGUAUGGAAUUAAAUAGCAUUGAAAAACAAUUGGAAAAUAUGAAAAAAGAACGAGAUUCCAUGAAAGACUACCUGCGACAGUUGGAACAGAAAAAUGAUGAUUUAGAACGAGCGCAUCGUAUACUAAAUGAAAGUAUUGUAGAUUUUGAACGAAUGCUGGAUAAAGCAUAUGAAAAGAAUGCAUUACUUGAAAUGGAAGUAGAUGAAAAAGAAGUUUUACAAGAAAAACUACAAAGAUUAAUGGAUGAAACGAGAGAUCUUAAACAAGAACUUAAUGUGAAAACACGUUACACCUCCACAAACGGUACACAGAAUGGCGGUCUGGUGGUGGGUUCUGGCUCUGAAAUUACCACACCCAAUGGCAUUAAUGGUGAUAUAAUGUUGCAGUCGCACGAUACAGCAGCCCUUAAUAAUACCAAUACGUUAGGAACAACAAAUAAUACAGCAACAAAUAUUAAUGAUUAUCAAUUACAACAGCGUUCAUUAAAAAGAAAACCAUUUGCCGAUCCGGAUAAUUUACUUAAUGGUAAUGCAAUGACUGCUAGUUCACGUACGACAGCAUUUAACAUUGUCACUGAUAUGCUCAGAAAAUUAAAUUUGGAUAAAGCACUUUUAUGUCCUCAAUGUGAUCGUUUUAGUUGUAUAUGUGAAAGAACGAAAGUCAACACCACCGCCACCACCAAUUCCACCUCUUUCUCCUCCACCAACAAAACAUCUAAGGCAAAUAAUGAUGAUACCCAAAUGUCGACGGUGUCAGAAGAUGCCCCCGACAAUAAUAAUGUUUUAUUGCGUCGCUCCACUAGUCGCAGUAAUACAAGUUUAAAUUUUGGCUCAAACAUUUUUAAACGUUUUGCUGAACGCAUGAGUUCAAAUAAUAAUAUUUUUGCGGCAACUUUAAGAAAUUCCUCCAAUAGUAGUGAAAUACCAAAUAAUAUAAAUAUUUAAUAUGUUUAGACCAAAAAAGACAUAGAGAUUAUUUUUUUUUCGUAAAAAUUUAAAAAUGGACUGAUGAAAUUAUAUAAAGCUUAACAAGUUAAAAUACUAAUUAAUCAAAAAAAA